AUGGCAACUGUGAACUCAGAGCUGGAUAUCACUGUCAACGCAGGGCGAAAGAAGGUGUCUGUUGUUAGUGGUGUCAUGGAAGUCAUCCCGAUUGAUGGAGAGAAGAGACACCUACCUCUCACAUUAGGGAAUGGGUCCCUGAAUUUGUAUCCAAGCGGGUCCAGCCUUGUCUUGGAUGCUACUUUUGGCCUGGUUCUGCAGUAUGACUGGGACCACCACCUCCAGAUUGCAGUUGGCCCAGAGUUAUUUGGAUUACUGUGUGGUCUAGGUGGAAAUGCCAACUAUAAAUCCAAAGAUGAUUUCAGUACCCCUGAUGAGACUGACAAGACCCAGACUGCCGAUUUUAUCCUUCCUUGGAGAGUGGGCAGCGACUCUUAUACUGAGAAUCAUGGAGGUGGUGCCUCAUGUCCGGUACAUACCACAAGCCAAACCAAAUCUCUGCCUGGUGAUAAUGAAGAUGGCUCUGUGGGGGCUGGUUGCAAUCUCCUGCAGAGGGGACCUUUUGCUUAGUGCCACUCCUAUAUUGAUCCUAAGCCAUAUGUUCAUAGCUGUAUGACCAAUCUGUGUGUCUCUGAUCUAUGUAUGCCAACGUUCUUCUCUGGUGCUCUCUGUGACCUAUGUGGGAACUUUGAUUCUGAUUCAGAAAAUAACCUGAUGGACGAGAACGAACAUGUCUCUCUGACUAGCGCCUCAGGUCUUGAAGUUUGGAAGGAAGGCUGCUCCUGCACACCUGGCUUCUUCCACAGUGGUGGCGCUAUGAUGGACAUAACUUUGACUUUCAUAUGGGAAGCUGCUCUUAUGUUCUAUCUGAUGUUUGUGAAAAGAAACAGUCUGACCUUUUCUUGCCCAGAAAGGUUGAAUUACUUCAUGUACGGAGUGAAUAUCACUUUGGACAUGGAGGACAGGGGCAAAAUAAAGGUUGAGGGUGUUUUAUGGGCUCUUCCUGUUCAGCUUCAACACACAGCAGUUAUGCGCUCUCCUUUACUGACUCAAGUGGUGUUGGACACUGGAGUUGUCACUUAUGGUGGGCCCGACCAAAUACAAAUAGUAAUUCCUUCCUCUAAAAGGAAAAUGUGUGGGCUGUGUGGAAACUUAAGUGGCAACAGUACAGAUGACACACAGAACCCCAAUGGCAACCUGGCGAGUGAUGAUUCCAUCUUUGCCUCCUCCUGGGCACUUUCACCAUCUGGAGCCAAUUGCUCUGAAGGAUGUGGGGAUUUCUGUUCAGUGUGCAGUUCUACCAUGGCAGCUGAAUUUGCGUCUGAUAACUUCUGUGGCAUCCUGUCAGCGCCCGCAGGAUCGUGUAGUAGUUGCCACUCCACUGUGGACCCGCAGCCCUUCUUCCAGAAUUGCGUGAAUGACUUAUGUAUGUCUAAUGGGACUGUGGCAUUAUAUUGAUGCAGCUUGAGAGCCUGCAUGUUUGCAUGCCAAGAGGCAGGAGCUGACGUCCAACCUUGGAGGGGGCUGGGUGAGACAUCGUGGGCUGAGGGAUGCUCCGAGCAGUGUGACUGCUCUGCCCCUGCCACAAUGUGCUGCGAGCCUGCCUCUUGCCCUAAGGGAGCAAACUGCACCCUUAACGAUACCCGGGGCUGUGCAGGCAAAGCAAUGCCCUGCCCAGUGAAUAGCCAUUAUGAGUUUUGUGGUACUGCCUACCCUGCCACCUGUGAGAACCAAUCUGGCUCAAGCCCCUGUACCCUUGUGGAGACUUGCCAGCGUGACCCAGGAUUUGUCCUGGAAGAUGACUUAUGUGUCCCGCUCCCCCAAUGUGGCUGCGUUCACAACGGCUACCGUUACCACAGCAACCAGGCCUUCUCGGCCGAGGGAUGCACUGAGCGCUGUGUCUGUGACCCCCACACCCACUGCCAGUCAGCUUCCUGUGGCCCUGAUGAGUACUGGUGUUUCCAUGUGGAUGGUGUCAAGAGGAACAUGCCCUAUCUCAUCAGCCCGUCUGCACAGACGUCCUCUAUGAGGCUGCACACUUACAUUCAUUCAGACUUGGGCUUUGUUUUAAGCCUCAGUGUGCAAGUUAAUAGUCUAGCUGAAUACCUGCCUGUCAGAUUAUUACAUGGUUUGAUACAGGUGUCCCAUAAGGAAGGCAAGGAUCUACCAUUGACCAACUUUGGCAUGCAGCUUGUCAACCAGCUCAGCUGCCUGUCAGGCAAUGGAGGAGUGACACUUUCUGUGGCUAGCGAGCACUGGUUCAGCCAGAUCUCCUACCAUGGCACUUGUAAUGGCAGCUCCUCCAGGGUGGUCACUGUGAAUGGACACUUUGUGUCCCUUCCUAACAUGCUGCCACCAGGUGUGUCUCUGUCACUCAUCAUGACUCAGGACAAGUCAGAGGUCAUCGUGAUCUUUAGAAGAGACGCUGGGAUUGAGACUGAGAUGAGGAUGCAGAUUAGAGUUACCAUAGCGACUGUAAAGCUCCCACUGUGGUGCUCCUCUGUUGUUUUGUUUUUUAUUCUUUUGUGUCUUUCAGCUAUGGGGGCCCAAUUACUGCUGUAUGCUUUUCUGGCUCUCCUCAGCUGUCCAAGCAGUGCUGCAUGGGCAGGGAGGGAGUAUGCCCUUUGCUUCAUGCAGAAUUAUGCUCCAUACUAUGAUUCCCCUCGUUUCCAGCUACACAUCAGUGCCCUCCGGGACAAUACUAAAGUUACAGUGACAGUACGUCCCUUAAACUUCAUCCAAGAGAAAACACUGAGAGCUGGAGAGGGAUUCACCAUUGGUCUCCCUACACGUGUUGAGAUAUAUGGCAGCAGGAAGUCCUCCAACACAGUGCGCGUUGAGGCGACAGCAGAUGUGACCGUAUCCUCUUUCAACUACAAGCUGUACACUGCAGACACCUCUGUGAUAUAUCCAACCACUGAGUGGGGCACAGAGUACUACAUCUUUACACCUGCCUUGCGCUCUUUUAAAGAGUUUUCUGUGACCAAUGGGAAAGAGAGGAACAAAGUAGAGGUUUUCUCACGUGGUUCAAUUAAGUUUGAAGGUCGUGUUUAUCGUGCUGGCAGCCGAAUGGAAAUUGACCUCCAGCCCUACGAGACUGUCCAGCUCCAGAGCACUGAUAAUCUUUCUGGCUCCAGAGUUGUCUCCCAGAAACCUGUUGCAGUUUUCACAGGCCACACCUGCACCUGGCGUUUCUCUAAAUGUAACCAUGUUUAUGAGCAGCUGCUGCCAGUGAGCAGCUGGGGAUCCAACUUCAUUGUGGCUCCCCUGAGCAUCCAGCCACGCUUUGACAGUGUCUACAUCCAGGCCUCUCAGCCCACUCAGGUCACUGUCAAGUUUGAGAAGCAUGAGGACAUUAUCAGGCUGAGCAAGGGGCAAUCAAAGGACAUCAACUUGAAACAUCCCAAAACUCUUACCAUUCAGGCUGACCAUGGCAUUCAGGUUAUCAUGCUCUUCAACGGUGUCCGGAGGAGCUGGUACCAAUUCUAUGACCCGUUCUUGAUGACCAUCCUGCCCACCAACCGCCUCUGCUCGUCUUACUCCAUAGAGGGUCAUCAGGGCUUCAGCAACCAAGCCUUGAUUGUUGCAAAGACCAGUGCAAAGGCAGAAUUACGCUUUGAUGGUGCACCCCUGGCCCGCAAUGUCCAGUGGAGACAGGUUAUGGGUACAGAUUUCUCAUGGGCAGAAGUACCCUUUGGGCAAGGCCCUAGCAACAGACACACUGUGUCAAGCUCUGGUCCUCAUUUAGCUGUCUACAGUUUAGGGGUUAGCCAGAUGAAUGGUUAUGGUGCCCCAGGACAGUGUUUACAACCAGGAGGGGGAUCUCUGUCCUGCAAGAGUGUAUCCUGCAGUGUUACUGAAAUGUGUGAGAUGAAGGAUGGGUAUCCGUCCUGUGUCCCACAACAAGUGAAAACCAAGGCUGGUACCUGCUGGGCUACAGGCGACCCCCAUUACCGUACUUUUGAUGGACGACACUUUAACUUUAUGGGCACCUGCACUUAUGUAAUUGCUAAAAACUGUGUGGCCAAAGAUAAUCUCCCCGCCUUUGAGGUCCUGGCUCAAAAUGAGAACAGAGGAAGCCUCAGAGUGUCUUAUGUUGGCCUGGUGAUAGUCAAGGUGUAUGACAUCACCAUCACAGUAGUUCGUUCUGAGACAGGUCGUGUGAGGAUCGACAAUAAUUUGUGGAGCCUGCCAGCGGAGUUGAACAAAGGUAAACUGGUUUUGUUUCAGAGCGGUCGCUCUGUCUUCAUCGAAACCGCCUUUGGUUUGACUGUCAACUAUGACUGGGAACACCAUCUGGUGGUAACUCUGUCUGAUGAUUUUGCUGGUAAGACUUGCGGUCUCUGUGGCAACUUCAAUGGCAACCCCAAAGAUGAUUUCACCACACCCUCAGGCUCCCAGGUUAAUGGGGCUGUGGCAUUUGGGAGCAGCUGGAAGGUACCAGGGCUGGUAAAAGAUGCUCUGUGUAGAGAUGAAUGUGUGGGUGGCUGUGAGCGGUGUGAGCACAAUCUGCUGAAGAUGUGGGAGGGAGACUUGUUUUGUGGCCUCAUCACACGUGUGAUCGAUGGUCCAUUUAGCAGGUGCCAUGCCAUCAUUGACCCCCAUGCAUAUUUUGAGAACUGUAAAUAUGAUGUAUGUAUGGGAGGAGGCCUCCGCCAUUUCCUCUGCAGAGCACUGGAGGCUUACACUGAAGCCUGCCAGAGAGCUGGUAUCCAAGUUCAAGAUUGGAGGAAGCUUGCACACUGCCCUGCUAAAUGUCCAGCAAACAGUCACUAUGAGCUGUGUGGCAGUGCUUGUCCUGCCACUUGUUCUGACCCCAAUGCUCCCUCCAAAUGCAAGCGCCCCUGUGUGGAGACAUGCACUUGUAACAAAGGCUAUGUUCUAAGUGGAAGUGAGUGUGUGCCCGCUGCUCGCUGUGGUUGCACCCAUGAGGGCCGAUACAUCCCUGCUGGAGAGUGCUUCUGGGCUGACAACAACUGUCGGCGACGGUGUCGGUGUGUUGCUGAGAGUAGACGUGUGGAGUGCAAAGAUGAAGGCUGCCAGGCAGGGAAGCAGUGCCAGAUCGUUGAGGGCAUUAGGAAGUGCGAACCUGUCUCACAUAGCACCUGCCAGGCUACAGGGGACCCCCACUACAUGACUUUUGACAAGAAGAAGUUUGACUUUCAGGGGACAUGUGUGUACCAACUGGUUGCACUUUGUUCCAAGGAAUCGGAGCUGGUACCUUUUGAGGUCCUGGUGCAGAAUGACCACCGGGGUAGCAAGAUUGUGUCCUACACUAAACUGGUGGAAAUCAAGGUUUAUUCCCUCAGCAUUGUCAUUACUAAGACACACAAGGGUCUGGUUAUGGUGAAUGGCGAGCUAGUCAAUCUGCCAGUCUCACUGAGUGAAGGACGAGUGUCUGUGUAUAAGAGUGGAUGGUAUGCUGUGGUCACUACAAAAUUUGGCCUCAAAGUCUCCUUCAACUGGAACAGUGCUGUUUAUGUUACUCUGCCCAGCACCUAUAUGGGAGCUGUUUGUGGCCUAUGUGGCAACUACAAUGGCAAAGCUCAGGAUGACCUUAUCCCAAAGAAUGGCGCUACACCUGUCAAGGCAGCACAGUUUGGUGCCAGCUGGAGAGUGGCAGAGAUCCCAGGCUGUGUCGAAGGCUGUAAAGGGGUAUGUCCCGACUGUGACAUCACUCAGAAGAGGCAGUAUGAAACAAAGGACUUUUGUGGUAUCUUGAGGGAUCCCAAAGGACCAUUCCGUGAUUGCCAUGCUAAAGUGGAUCCAGCUAGCCACUUUGAAGACUGUGUUUAUGAUGUAUGUCUAUACAAGGGCAGAAAAGAUGUGCUCUGUGAGGCACUCACAUCAUACACAUCUGCAUGCCAAGAUGCAGGGGCCAAGGUAUACAACUGGAGAACCAGUGAUUUCUGUGCAAUGAAAUGUCCAAAGAACAGCCACUACGAAGUGUGUGGGACUGCCUGCCCAGCCACUUGCCAGAGCCUGUCUCCUCCUCAGAAAUGCCAUGCUCAGUGUGCAGAAGGCUGUCCCUGUGAUGAGGGAUACAUCCUGAGUGGAGAUACCUGUGUACCAUUCUCAGACUGCGGUUGCCUCCAUGGGGACCGCUACUACCGCACAGGCCAAGUCUUCUAUCCUAAUGGGAAGUGUGCAGAGAAGUGCAAGUGCAAAAAGGAUGGAGAGGUUGAGUGUAAUAAGUUCACCUGUGGCCCCAAUGAGAAGUGUGCGGUGGCAAAUGGCAUCCAGAAAUGCCACCCUGUCGGUAAAGGCGUGUGCCAUGCCUCUGGUGACCCCCAUUACCUGUCUUUUGAUGGGCUAGCGUAUGAUUUCCAGGGCACGUGCACCUACACACUCUCCAAGAGCUGUGGGCUGGAGGGCACCCACCUGGAAGCCUUCUCUGUUCAGGUGGAGAAUGUGCAGUGGAACCAGAUGGUGAACAACAAGGUGGUGUCUGUCACCAAGCUGGUUGCCCUGGAGGUCUACGGCUUCACUCUCAUAAUGAGAAACAACAUGUUUGGAGUUCUGGUGAAUGGAGUGUUCAACUACCUUCCUCUAAAUCUUAAUGAUGGAGCAGUGACUGUCUAUCAGGAGGGCCGCCAUUAUGCCAUCGCCACAGACUUUGGCCUACUUCUCACCUAUGACCUUGUGUACCAUGUUACGCUGACAGUACCUGGUAAUUACCGUGGUAAGACCUGUGGCCUGUGUGGCAAUUUCAAUGGUAACCGCAAGGAUGACUUCCAGAUGCCCAACCGUCAGCUGACCAACAAUGUGAAUGUGUUUGGGAAAUCAUGGAAAGUCACCAUCCCUGGGGUGGUGUGCGCAAAUGGCUGUGAAGGGAACAACUGUCCCAAAUGUGACCCAGCUCGGAAGGCAGUGUUUAUAAAACCCACCUACUGCGGUAUUGUCACAGCACCCAAAGGUCCAUUUGCGGCCUGUCACAGUAAACUGGACCCACAGCCUUACUUUAAUGACUGUGUGUUUGAUGUCUGUGCUUCUAAUGGUGACGGAAAGGUUCUGUGUGACAGCGUAGCAGCUUAUGCCUUCAACUGUUAUAUGGCGGGAGUGGAUGUGAAAAACUGGAGGACACCUUCAUUCUGUCCCAUGAAAUGCCCGGCCAACAGUCACUAUGAGGUGUGUACAGAUGCCUGUGCCUCAGCCUGCCCAGGCCUCUCGGAGAUAGUCCCGUGCCCUGAGAGGUGUACAGAAGGCUGUGAGUGUGAUACUGGCUUCUUAUUCAAUGGACAGACCUGCGUUAAGGAGUCAGAGUGUGGUUGCUAUGACAAUGGAAGGACUUACAAGCCUCGUGGAGUGGUGUAUGAGGAGGACUGUAAGAAAAAGUGCACCUGUGAUCCAGGGAAGGGCCUGCUCUGUGAAGAUCACUCCUGCCCCAAAGACACCAAAUGCAUGGUCAGAAAAGAAAUCAGGGCCUGCUACAAUACAGAUCCAUGCAAAGAUGCCAAGUGUCGAGUCAAGGAGAAGUGCCAAGUUAAGAAGGGUGAGGCUGUGUGUGUCCCUGAGUACACAGGCACCUGCUGGGCCUGGGGUGACCCCCACUACCACACAUUUGAUGGUUACAACUACGACUUUCAGGGCACCUGCAAAUACAUUAUUUCCAAGACCUGCGGGAAUCUGGAUGGACUUGUUCCAUUCUCCAUCACUGAGCGGAAUGAUAACCGCGGAAACACAGCAGUUUCCUAUGUCAGGGAGGUAGAUGUGUCUGUAUACGGGUUCACCAUCACCAUACGCAAGAACCAAGUUGGUCGUGUCACGGUGGAUGGGGAACUACUUAAUUUACCAGUACAACUAGGCCAGGGUGAAGUGUCAGUUUCCCAACAUGGGCACACUGCAGUGGUGGAGACAGACUUCGGCCUUCAUGUCUCCUACGACUGGAACUGGAAACUGGUUAUCAAGCUGCCCAGCAGUUACUACGGCCUUGUCUGCGGUCUGUGUGGCAACUUCAAUGGUAACAGAGGCGAUGAGCUCCAGAACCCAGCUGGCAAAGCUGUCUCCUCAGUGAUAGAGUGGGGCAAGAGCUGGCAAACAGCUGACCAGGACAAGACCACUCCAUGCUGGGACACAUGUAAGACAAACUGCCCUACAUGUGAUGGUAAUCAGCGUAAGCUGUAUGAGACUGAGGCCUUGUGCGGGGCCCUCACAGCCAAGACCAACAAUGUGUUCAAGAUGUGUCACGCAAAACUGGACCCCCAGGCCUUCAUGAACAGCUGUGUAUAUGACAUGUGUUUGAAUAAGGGAGAUAAGAGGAUGCUGUGUCAGGCAUUAGCAUCCUACAGUGAGCAGUGUCGUGAGGAAGGCAUUAUAAUCAAGAACUGGAGGAAAAAGUUUGGCUGCCCGAUGAACUGCCAGCCUCACAGCCACUAUGAUGUCUGCGCUAGCCCAUGUCAGCCAUCCUGCCCUUUCCCUGAGCAGCGGAAGACAUGCAUCGGCAGCUGUGUGGAGGCCUGUGUGUGUGAUAAGGGCUAUGUCCUCAGUGCUGGUGUCUGUGUGCCUGCUAAAACGUGCGGUUGCUCUUAUCAAGGCCGUUACUACAAGCCAGGUCAGCACUUCUGGGCUGAUGAAGCCUGUGGUCGUCUAUGUGAGUGUGACACAACUCUGGGCAUGGUGACAUGUCGCGAGGCUUCUUGCUCUGCCAAGGAGAAGUGCAGCCUUGUGGAUGGAGAGCGCACCUGCCGAGCAAUCAGCCAUGCCACAUGCACAGCCUCUGGUGACCCACACUACCGUACCUUUGAUGGGCGCAAGUUUGAUUUCCAAGGUACGUGUGUAUAUCAGCUGGUGGCACUAUGUUCUAAGCAGCCUGGUCUAGUGCCAUUCAAAGUGACUGUGGAGAACGACCACCGUGGAAGCAAGGCUGUAUCCUACACCAAAACUGUCACUGUGACCAUCUACGGGGUCUCCCUCACCAUCACCAGAAAACACCCCUACAAGGUCCUGCUCAAUGGACAGCUCACUUCCUUGCCAUUGGACUACAAUGGUGAGCUGACUGUGCAUCGCAGUGGCUGGACAGCUGUAGUGGAGACAGCUGCUGGUAUCGUGGUGACCUUUGAUUGGCGUAGUGUGGUAACUGUUACUCUGCCCGGCAACUACGAGGGUGCAGUCUGCGGCCUGUGUGGCAACUACAAUGGAAAGUCGCAAGAUGACCUGACGAUGCAGAAUGGCCAGGUCACCACUGAUGGAACCAAGCUGGGGGAGAGCUGGCAAGUGGCCCUUGCUCCAGGCUGUUCAUCUGCCUGCCAGGGGCCUUGGUGCCGUGCCUGUUCAGACUCCCAGAGGAAAGUGUACCAUGCCCAGAAGUACUGUGGAAUUAUUGCUGACAAGGCAGGGCCUUUCAGAGAGUGUCACAGCCGUGUGGACCCUGCUCCCUACCUGGAGGACUGUGUGUAUGAUGCCUGUCAUUAUCGUGGUCACCAAGGUUCAGUUUGUGAUGCUGUAGGAGUGUAUGUUUCUGCCUGUCAAAGCCUAGGAAUCACUGUCCACUCCUGGAGGUCGGAUAGCUUCUGUCCAAUGGUGUGUCCAGCUAACAGCCAUUAUACUCUGUGUGCCUCGGCAUGCCCGGCCACCUGUGCCAGCUUGACCUCCAUUACCACCUGCCAAAGGCCCUGUAAAGAGGCCUGCCAGUGUGACAAUGGCUUCAUGCUGAGUGGGGAUGUCUGCACACCUGUCAAAGAUUGUGGCUGCUCCUAUGGUGGUCGCUACUAUAAGAAGGGAGAGGUCUUCUACCCAGAGGCCCAGUGUGUGGAUGAGUGCAUCUGUGGAGAGAACGGUGCUGUGUCCUGCCAAAAGACCAAGUGUCGCCCAGGUGAAACCUGUAAGACUGUAAAGGGAAUAAAACGCUGCCACCCUGAGGGACAAGGCAAAUGUGUGGCCUCUGGUGACCCCCAUUACAUUUCCUUUGAUGGGCAGAGGUUUGAUUUCCAGGGUACCUGUGUCUACGUGUUGGCUAAGGUGUGUGACAAUAAUAAGAGUGGCCAGCUGACACCAUUCACCGUAACCCAGGGAAAUGAGAAAUACGGAAAUGGAAGAGUGGCUGUUACUAAGUCAGUCACAGUGACAGUCUAUGAUUAUGUCAUUUACAUCCAGCAGAGAAUGGCAUGGAGUGUCAUUGUGAACGAUGAGCUGUUGAACCUACCUCUCUCCCUGGAUAACGGUCGUAUUACAGUUACCCAAGAAGGUCGCAACAUAGUCCUCCAGACAGACUUUGGCCUAACAGUCCUCUAUGACACUGUCUACUAUGUUGAGGUGAUUGUCCCCUCCACAUACCAGGGUAAGAUGUGUGGCCUUUGUGGCAACUACAACAAGAACCGUGGGGAUGACUUCCGACUUCCAGGUGGCAGACAGACGAAAAAUGUUGAUGACUUUGGGAAGGCAUGGGUAGUGGACCUGCCCGGGUUGGUGUGUGGAGGCUGUGGAGGGCAGUGCCCAGUAUGUGACAAGGCCAAGUCUGCCCUGUAUGGCAAAUCGGACUCCUGUGGCAUCAUCAGUGCUCCUAACGGGCCCUUCAAAGCCUGCCACAGUAAGGUGGACCCAGCAGCAUAUGUUUCCCAUUGUGUGUUUGAUGUUUGCGCCCUUGAGGGGGACAAAAAAACCCUGUGUGACAGCGUCCAGGCCUACGCUCUGGCCUGCCAGAAUGCUGGGGUUCAAAUCCAGCCAUGGAGGAGCAAGACCUUCUGCCCUGCUUCCUGCCCUGCCAACAGUCACUAUGAGUUGUGUGCUGACACUUGUGGUGCGACCUGUGCCAGCUUCAUCUACCCCUCUACCUGCUCUGACAGCUGCUUUGAGGGAUGCCAGUGUGACACAGGCUUUGUUUUUGAUGGCGUUCAGUGUGUUCCUUUGGACAACUGCGGAUGCGUCCAUGAUGGCAAAUACCUGACGGUGGGCCAAACAAUGGUUGACAAAGACUGCAGCUACAAAUGUGUGUGCCAGGCCUCUGGACUGGUGAAAUGUGAAAAGCUGUCCUGUACCAAUGAGCAGGUUUGCAGUGUAAGGGAUGGGGUGAGAGGUUGCCAUGUCAAACAGAGCCAGUGUAAGGUCAGCCAUGCUGCCCACCUCUCGUCUUUUGAUGGCAUGACUGGACCAGCAGGAGCUCUUGGGGCAUUUGAAAUGGCCUCUCUGUGUGACCAGACUGAUGUCCUGUGGUUCCGUGUAGUUGUGGACGUCAGGGUCUGCAUGAAAGGCGCAUCUCCAAGUGUGGCUACCAUCCAUGUGUUCCUCAAGGACACUAUCAUCUCUGUGACCAGCCAACACGAAACCUGGGUAAAUGGCAGGAGAACGUCUCUUCCCAGCACACUGACCAAUAAAGUGUCAGUCCAUAUUGAAGACAGAGCUGUGGUCAUUGAGAGAGUCUCUGCUAUGCGGGUCACCUAUUCAAUUUCACAAGAAGUCACCAUCACUGUUGACAGUCACCUAUCCGGUAAAAUGUGUGGUGCCUGUGGCAACUACAAUAACAACUCCAAAGAUGACAUGAGGACUGCAGAUGGGAAAAUCACCACUGAUGUGUCUGUGGUUGUUGGCUCUUGGACAGCUGGGGACUUCUCUAGAUGUGGCCUGUAGAGAUGUUGGCUCUUUGGUGACAGGAAAACAUCUGGUGUCCAGGGUGAAGACUGUGCACUCUGCUAAGGCUGUGUGUUUACAGCCAUGAGAUGUCUGUGCUUCCUCAUAAUUCUUGAUAUGUUUGAGGCUGUUCACUUCAUUUUUCACAAUGUUCACUUGUCAACAAUAGGAUACUUCUGAACUCAUCUGUAUCAUUCUUAACCAACAACGCCAUCUAGUGGUGUAAGAAAUUACAUCAUCUCCCACAUGUCUGAAUUUCACAACGCUUGAGUUAAGAGUACUAAACAGUCAAGGGUAACUAGUCUUAAAUUUGUCUUUAUAGCUUUCAUGUUUUGAAACUGUGUGUUUAACUGUACGUUUUACAAAAUGUUUAUCUCUUUACUGUUCUUGAAUAAUAAAUAC